AUGGCUCUUGUGGAAGACGUGUUCCUGUUCACCAACCUCACCUCCAGCAACCAGAGCAGCUGCAACGUGCACAACCACCACUUCUCAACCAAAGUCACCUUCUCCCUUUUCUACAUCAUCCUGCUGGUGUUUGGUGCCUGUGGGAAUGUCCUGGCCCUCUACAUCACCUUCCAGCGCAGGAAGAAGAAACUCAACUCCACCAACCUCUACCUGGUGAACCUGGCCCUCUCUGAUGCCCUCUUCACCCUGGCACUGCCAGGCAGGAUUGCCUACUACAUCCUGGAGUCUGACUGGCCCUUUGGGGACUGGUUCUGCCGGAUCACAGCUUUUAUUUUCUACAUGAACACCUAUGUGAGCAUCUACUUCAUGACCUGCGUGAGCGUGGACCGCUACGUUGCCGUGGUGCGCACCAGGCACCCCGGCAGGAUUCGGAAGAUGAGCCGUGCCAGGGGCAUCUGUGUCCUCAUCUGGUCCUUGGUGUUCCUGCAGACAGCUCCGCUGCUCCUGCGGCCCAUGACACGAAGGAUGGGAGACAAGCUGACAUGCAUGGAGUACUUCAACUUUGAGGAGAUUCCCAAUCUGCCCUACCUGCUCCUGGUGGCCUGCAUGCUUGGCUUCUUCCUGCCUGUGGGCAUCAUCUUGGUGUGCUAUGUGAGGAUCAACCUCAAGCUCUGCCAGACAGCCAAGGAGAACCCGCUGACAGUGAAGAAUGGGCACCACCACAGGGCCUUCACUGUCAUCCUGGUGGUUCUGCUGGCUGUCCUGCUCUGCUUCAGUCCCUACCACCUCAACAUUGUCCAAUUCAUGGUCAGGAAAAUCCUCUACCAGCCAUCCUGCCGUGAGCAGCAAGCCUUCAAGAUGUCCCUGCAAAUCACUGUGGCGUUCAUGAACCUCAACUGCUGCAUCGAUCCCAUCAUCUACUUCUUCGCCUUCCGGGGCUACAAGCGGAGGCUGCUCCGCCUCUUCAGGAACAGCGGCUCCCUGGCCACCUCCUCCACUGCCAAGACCCCCUCGGAGAGCAACAGCAACAGCCAGCCGCCCGGCUCCAGCUCCGUCUAG